UCGAGGACUGGGAGUGCUUCCAGGCCAUCCUGGACCACACUUACGGCAAACACGUCAAGUCAGAGCCCGGCCUGCACCCCGUCCUCAUGUCUGAAGCGCCGUGGAACACGAGGGCCAAGAGGGAGAAGCUGACGGAGCUGAUGUUCGAGCACUACAACAUCCCGGCUUUCUUCCUCUGCAAAACGGCCGUCCUCACCGCCUUCGCCAAUGGGCGCAGCACGGGGUUGGUGCUGGACAGCGGAGCCACGCACACCACGGCCAUCCCGGUGCAUGAUGGGUACAUCCUGCAGCAAGGGAUCGUGAAGUCGCCGCUGGCCGGGGAUUUCAUCUCCAUGCAGUGCAGGGAGCUGUUCCAGGAGAUGAACAUCGACAUCGUGCCGCCCUACAUGAUCGCUGCCAAGGUGUGGGGCGGGCCGGCACCGCGGGGAGCCUAUAGGAGAGCAGGAAAGCCGCGGGCCCCGCCCACAUAA